AUGAUUUUAGAUUGCAGCGAUCUUGGAUUAGACUACAUUCCUGGUGGAUACAAAAACGUUCGUGUAUUGGACAUGAGGAGAAAUAACAUUUCUUCAGUUUCUGAAGGAACCCUGCUUGGACUAUAUCCGAACUUAGACCUCAUUGAUCUUCGGGAAAAUCCGAUAAAUUGUCGCAAAGCAAUUUUUUCAAACAUCAAAGUUAAAGUCAAUUGUGUGGUCUCAACUAACACGGUCCAAACGGAAUUAUUGCUGUCAAGUCAACAAUUCUACUAUACAACGUCAACGGCAAUGCAAAUGGAUUUAAGAACGUCAAAGAAAUGUCUGCUUUGUGUUUCGACGAGCACGCGUCCCCGACAAACAUUGUCUUCAAGCUUACGAAUAAAGUUGCGUGGUUACUCUCCGCCAAACGGACCGGAAAAAUUAAUAAAUAUUAUUAUUCUCGCUACAUUUAUUCCGACUUCAAUUUUUAUAUUAAGUGUAUGCGUGUACAGAUUUCGCUCGGUGAGAUGUUGGGCCCCAAGAGUAGACCAGCGAUCUGUUGAAACUGUGGAAAUGCCUCGAAUAGGCUCAACACAAACAAUUGACACAACGGACUCGAGCUUGUCAAUUUAUUCAUCAGAAAUGUAG